AUGCGUAUGAACGCAUCUAAAACGAAAUGCCUGGUGCUUUCUCGUUAUCCUGCCCAUUGCUUUCUUCAGAUUAAGGGGGAGGCAAUGGAGCAGGUGGAGAAGUUCAAGUACCUCGGAACUGUAUUUACUAGAGAUGGAAAAUUGGACGAAGAAAUCGACCGGCGAAUUGGAGUAGCCAGUGGCGUUCUGAGUGAACUAGCCUGA